AUGAAAGAGUUGCGUCGGUCAAGUCAAUACACGCCUGAAAACCCAGAAAUUAUCAUAGUUGGUUCCGGUAUUCUUGGCUCGGCCAUGGCUGCGGUACUUGCUCGGGAUGGUAGAAGAGUAGUCGUUGUAGAAAGAGAUCUAAAAGAGCCUGAUCGUAUCGUAGGAGAAUUGCUUCAACCAGGUGGUUUUAAAGCGUUACAAGAAUUAGGCCUAAAAGCUGCUGUUGAAGGAAUCGAUGCACAUUGUGUCCGUGGGUAUGUAGUUCACGAUAUAGAUAGUGGAUCAAAAGUAGAUUUGUCGUAUCCUAAUGAUGAUAGUGGUAAUAUCAUGACUGGUCGUGCUUUUCAUCAUGGACGAUUUGUAAUGGGAUUGAGAAAACUCGCUCAGGCUGAACCGAAUGUGACAAUGAUUGAAGCAACUGUGUCCGAGUUAAUGGAGGAAAAGGGAAACGUAAUCGGAAUUCGUUAUAAGCGGAAAGGACAAGAUGAGUUAGAGACGCUGCAAGCCCCUUUGACUAUUGUUGCCGAUGGGUGCUUUUCGAAAUUUCGAAAGUCUUUAGUGAAAUCACAAGUGAGUGUAUCCUCGCAUUUUGUUGGUACUUUGAUGGAGAAUUGUCCUCAAACGAAAGCCAAUCAUGCCGAACUCGUUCUAACUCCAACAACCCCAGUACUGAUAUAUCAGGUUUCCUCGCAUCAUACGCGUGUUCUUGUUGACGUUCGAGGAAAGUUGCCUUCUGAUCUCAAAGAGCAUGUAAAGAAGGUAUCUGUUUAUAUGCCAGCAAAUAUUAAAGGACCAUUCCUAGAAGCAGUUGAAAAUAAUCGAUUACGAAGCAUGCCUUCCAGCUUUUUACCACCAGCACCUUUGCUAAAAGCUGGCGUUAUUCUCCUUGGUGAUGCAUUUAAUAUGCGCCACCCUCUUACGGGUGGAGGAAUGACUGUCGCUUUGAAUGAUGUGAUAAUCUGGCGUAAUGUACUUCGUGAGAAGUUACCUGAUGUCCGCGAUAAUGAAGCAGUUUUACAGUGUUUGAAAAAUUUUCAUUGGCAACGUAAGCAGAAUCACUCUUUUGUUGUAAACGUAUUGGCUCAAGCGCUUUAUCAGCUUUUCUCUGCUGCAGAUGAACACCUUAAGAAGCUACGACAGGGUUGCUUUGGUUACUUUAAGCUAGGUGGAAGAGCUGUUGAUGGUCCUGUAGAAUUAUUAUCAAUUGUUUCUCCAGAGCCACUCAAACUUAUAGGCCACUUCUUUGCAGUUGCAUUGUAUACAAUGUACUCCACAGUCAAGUCCGAACCGUUUUACCGGUUACCACUUACUAUAUUAUUAUGCUCACGAUUACUUUGGAAGGCCUGCACUGUUAUUUUGCCAUUAAUUUGGUCAGAAUUUUAUACUGCCAUGAGAAGUUAA